CGCUAUAAUAGUCUAUGUCAUCGAAAGAAGCUGGGAGAAUACGCGCCCGAGCUCACGGAGCUCCACGGACCUCCGAAAAGAAGUUUCUUACGGUUUUGUGCGGAAAAAUCUCCAGGACAACCUGAAAAAAACACGCCGAAAUGGCGCGAGGGGACGCGGCCUGGACGCUCGCCAUUUUGGUUCUCGCAGCCUUAGCCACGAGGGGUUCGAGUUUACGAUGCUGGCAGUGCUCUUCGGACAUGAACUCCGUUUGCGGAGACCCAAUGAACAACACGGAACACCACAGUCUGUUCCAUACCCGGGACUGCGAAACGACCUUCGCCCAGCACCCCUACCCUUACGAAAAAGCAGUGUGUCGCAAGAUCGUGCAGCGAGUACACGGAGAACGCGUCAUCGUGAGAGCCUGUGCGAUUCCAAACCCUGACGAGAGGGACAUCGUCGACGGGCCCUGCACGCCGGUCGUGUCGGCCAGCUACAUCACGAUAGAGUCCUGUCACAUCUGCCGAACGGAUCUCUGCAAUUCGGCGACCAGCUUGUCCGGAUUAUCCGCCAAGGGAUUACUAGGAUUCGCCGCGAUCGGCCUGAUCCUCGCGAGCGCGGCCACGACGACGAGGUAGACCGGCCCGGUCGGACCCUUCGCCGCCGACCCUCCUAUAAAACUUAACGCAAGAAACCUAGUUCACCGGGAAUCCGUCCACGGCGCGUAGGGUAUGCGCAAAAGCUACGUUCGCAUCGGGGUACACCUUGCGAAAUGAAUAACGCCUCUGAGAUGUUUCUUCACCAGGUUCCAGGAUUAAAUCAGAAUCCGAUUUACUAACCCA